AUGCCAUUUGCCUCAGCUAAAGAAUACAGUGCCUCCUGGGGUGGUCAAUGGACGGGUAAACGUUUAGAUUGGUUGUUUAACUACGCAUGCGUACUGGCUGAUAUUUGUAUCUGGCUUCUGCGACAAACUCUCUGCUUCACUUCGCACCAUUCCCGCCUCUUUCUUUUGUGCCAUCUAUUUUUCUCUGUUACACGCUUUUCUCUCCCUCUCCCUCCCCCCUCUCUCUCUCUCUCUCUUACACACGCACACAAUUUAUCUCUGAUCUCUCAGUUUUAUCUAUCUAUCUAUCUAUCUAUCAAUCUAUCUAUCUAUCUAUCUAUCUAUCUAAAUCAGUCUUCUCUUUAUAUUUAUCUAUCUCAGUCGGUUCAUUAUCUAUCUAUCUAUUUAUCUGUUCAUCUCUCUAUAUCAGUCUGUUCAUACGUAUCUAUCUCUGUCUGUUCAUAUCUAUCUAUCUAUCUAUCUAUCUAUCUAUCUAUCUAG